AUGCUGUGCCAUGGGGACGGCCUGUUGAGCUCGCUUACCGCGCUGCUGGGGGCAGCGCUGGCACUGAGCCGCAGCCCGGUGCUGGCCUGCCUGCUGACGGCCGGCUUCUACCUUGUGCUGCACCUCUUCAGCCUGGAGCCCGCCGCGCCUCAGAGCGCCCAGCGCGUCCUGCGGCCCCACGGCACCGCCGCCCGCAUCGCCCACCGCGGCGGCGCGCAUGACGCGCCCGAGAACACGCUGGCAGCCAUCCGACAGGCAGCUGAGAAUGGAGCAACGGGUGUUGAGCUGGAUGUUGAAUUUACUGCAGAUGGUGUUCCAAUCCUAAUGCACGAUGACACAGUAGAAAGGACAACUGAUGGGUCUGGACGAUUGCGGGACUUGACUUUUGAUGCAAUUAGGAAGCUUAAUCCAUCUGCAAAACAUCGGCUGUGGAGCAAAUUCCAGGGUGAGAAGGUGCCGACUCUUAGAGAAGCUGUUGUGGAGUCUAUGCAGCAUAAUCUCACCAUCUACUUCGAUGUCAAAGGCCAUGCAAAUCAGGCAGUGGAGGCCCUCAGACAGCUCUACCUGGAAUUCCCACGGUUGUACAACAGCAGCGUGGUCUGUUCUUUCAUGCCAGAUGUUGUUUAUAAGAUGAGACAAGCUGACAGAAACGUGGUGACAGCUCUCACGCACAGGCCUUGGCACCUGAGCCACCUUGGAGACGGGACACCCCGUUUCAGUUCCUCCUGGAAGCAUUAUUUGUACAUGGUGAUGGAUGUCAUCCUAGACUGGAGCUUACACAGCUUCUUGUGGCGGUUCUGUGGGGUUUCAGCUUUCCUCAUACAGAAAAAUUUUGUUUCUCAAGAGUACGUCAGGCACUGGGCUUCCAAAGGAAUUCAAGUGGUUGCCUGGACAGUGAACACAUUUGCAGAAAAGAGCUACUACGAAACUGUCCUUGAAUCCAGCUACAUCACAGACAGCCUGGUGGAAGACUGCGAUCCUCAUUACUAGACCUGUGCCCUUCAGACACUCACCAGCCUCAACCAGCUCUCUUAGGCGGGCAGCUCAGGCCCCACCAUCCAGAGAGAACCCACUGCUGCAGCCAGGGAAAAGGAAGAGCUGCAGUUAAUUUCUGCUGCAAGGUCAGAUCUUGGGCGUAGGGAUCCCUUCUGUUACAGUGUUGGACAAAGCCAAGGUGCAGCCAUUCACAAUCUAAGAUGGUGCUGUAACAGGAUGAGAUCUGACCAGCUAGCUGGGCAAUACCCUGUCUGCACAGCUUGCUUUAGAAUUCUCAGAGUACUCCUUUGCUUUGUGUAAAUCGUAUCAUUAUAAAAUCAUGUCAGCAUUUUUUGGUGACAAGAUUGAAAAUCAUGUCUUGAUUUUACUACUUUAAAUGGUCUGUUCUAUGACUGUAUAAUUUGAGGUUGAGUUAUGGCAUCUUAAACGCAUGUACCUUACUGUUCUCAGAACAGAACCUGAAAAUAAUGGUGCAAAACCAGAGAGUUUAGUUCAUGUCCCUCCUACAACAUAGAAAGGUGGCUGUGCUGCAUCCUGACAGUGAAAACAAUCAUCUUUCCAUGUUCAAUGUGAAGACUAUGAGAAUGAAUGAAUAAAGCUUGAGUAUCUUCUUGUCUUCCAGCCUUUUUGAAAGAACCCAGGUAAAACAGAAAAUUGCUCCUGCAAUGUCAGUCUUCUG